AUGGUAACCGUUACUCAAUAUAGCACCGACAGCGAAGCUGGCGGGAAGUCGCGGCUUCAGAGGUUCAAGCAUGCCUUUACUUCCCCGUCAGCCUUCCACGAGGCUAUUAAGCUGAAGAGUGCGACAUCUUAUCUCAUCAAUGAAGACCUCUUGCCCUCUCCUCCCGAUCGGCAGACAUGGAACACCUGGAACUUCUUCGCUUACUGGUGGAGCGAGAGUUGGAACGUGUCUACCUGGAGCGUCGGUGCGUCUCUCAUUACCAUUGGCGCGACGGUCCGUGAUGCGCUUCUGGUCGUCCUCUUCGCCAAUCUCCUGUCUGCCGUGGUGAUGGUCCUCAACGGACGCGCCGCUUCCAAAUAUCAUGUUGGCUACCCUGUGCUAUCUCGUCUGAGCUUUGGUGUUUAUGGCCAGUACUUCGUUGUUGUGCUCCGAUCAAUCCUCGGUAUUAUUUGGGGUGGAGUGCAGCUUUACUUCGAGGGCCAAUUCAUCUCUAUCUGCCUACGAUGCAUUUUCCCGUCCUGGGAGAAGGUGCCGAACAAGAUCCCAGCCAAUCAAUACAUCACCACGCAGACAAUGGUCGGGUUCUUCAUGGCAUUUUGCUUUACCAUCCCAUUCCUCUUCAUCCACACAUCUAAGAUUCAACAUCUCUUCACCGCCAAGUCAGUUGUCCUGCCCCUUGCUGGCCUCGGAAUUGUCAUCUGGGCUACCAAGGAAAACGGCGGUGUUUCUGCCAACGGGCUGCAAGACUCUUCAGUCGUCACUUCGAUUCCUGUUUUUGCGUGGGGCAUUGUUUCCCAGUUCAAUUCAGUAAUGGGAGCUAAUUCAGCUCUCCUUGUGACGAUUCCGGACAUUGCCCGAUACGAGAAGACACGCAACGCCCAGGUUUGGGGCCAACUGCUAGGUCUCCCCAUUGGACAGCUUCUCUGCGCUGCUUUUGGUAUCAUCAGCACUUCAGCAGUGCUCAACUACUAUGGUGAAGCGUUCUGGAACCCCUACGAUCUUCUGAAUGGUAUUCUCGACCGCUCUUACACUUCCCCUGCUCGCGCCGGAGUCUUCUUCGCCUCCGCAUGCUUUGCCUUUGCUACUCUCGGAACUUCGAUUGCUUGCAACUUCAUCCCGUUUGCUGCAGAUGUAACCUGCCUUUUCCCCAAGUACAUCAACAUCGUUCGAGGCCAGUUCCUAUGCCUGAUCAUUGCAUUUGCCAUUGUCCCUUGGCGUAUCGUGGCUACCGCCAAUGGUUUUCUCAACUUCCUCGGCGGUUACAGCAUCUUCCAGGGCCCUGUUGUUGCCAUCAUGAUUGUCGACUACUUCAUGAUCCGUCGAGGUAAUAUCUCGAUGGCGGAUCUCUACACUUUCUCGUCCUCCGCUCGUUAUUACUUCUUCCACGGCAUUAACGUGCGAGCCUUCGCCGCCUUUGUGAUCGGUUUCCUGUUGCCCCUGCCAGGUUUCAUUGGCUCGUUUGGUGUGAGUGUCGAUGAGGCGGCUUCUCAUAUGUAUGCUCUAGGAUGGGUGCUGUCAUUUGUGAUUGGAGGUUUGGCCUACUGGAUCGCCUGCCUGAUCUUCAAGAUGCCUGGCACUGGUGUUGAGAAGUCUCUGGCAUUUGAACAACUAGUGGCGGAAGCAGAGCAGCUUGUCUAUGAUGGCAACCUUGGCGAGUUCGUUGGUAAUGGGCCGGUUCUUCAUGGUGCACGAUCUUCAAUCAACGACAGCGAGACAACUGAAGUCAAGCGAGCUGAGGAGAGCGUUUGA